AACAAACCAAUCGGAAACUCUACUGAUUAUGUCCACUUUCCAAGGAAAAACUAAAAAGGCUCGAGAUUAUCACUACUAUUCAGUGGCAGUGAUCGGAGGUCUUCUUGAGGCUCGUUUCAAUGGAGGUUCGGGUGAAACUUUACUUAUAUCAGAGGUCCGAGUGAACGAUGGUGCUUUCCAUACAGUCACCAUAUCGAAAAGGAAUCGAAAAAUCUCUUUGAAUAUGGAUGAUCAUGAAGUGGCUGUAUCUCGAUUGGCCAAGGGAACCAAUUCCAUUGAAGGUCCAGCUAAUGGUGGACUUUAUCUCGGUGGACUUUCGGAAGGAAUGACACUUCGAGGAAUGGCUGGAACAAAGGAACGAUUAAUUGGUGUGAUUCGUGAUUUUGUCUUUAAUGGAGCGAUUGUUAAAAUGAACGAACCAACAAAUUUCAAAGGAAUUGGUAUUGGACGAGGUCAAUAACCAAUCAAUAUAAUCAAAUUAGUUAAUUUUCAUAUAUAAAUAAUACAAAUGUUUACCUUUUUUUACAUUUCUAAUCAAACAAAAUAAUUCAAAUAAUUUACAUUAAACUUGAGAUAUUAAUGUAAAUCAAAUGGUCUAGAAUCGAUUCUGAUGAACAAAACUUUCCCAAAUUGAAUUUUGUUCAGUAGAUUCAUCUUUUUAUCGAUGAUCCAUAAUCAUGAUCACCUUUGGAAAAUGCUUU